AUGGAUAAAUUAAAAAGCUAGCCGCAAUCUUCUAAUCAUAUCUCUGAGUCAAAUCAAUAGAUUCACGAUCCCCUUUCAGAUGUGAUAAUUAAAGCAGAAAUCGGUAGGAAUGCUCAUGGAUAGCCAACAUUCAAUGGCUAUAGUAGAUAAUAAAUAGUGGACUACAAAUUUAGAGAUUUGAAUUUUUAUCAAAUGACUUGUGGCCCUAGAAAACUUAAAGACGAGGACUAAGAUGAGGAGAUUGAUCUGGAGUGCUUUAAUUAGAUUAAGGAAAUACUCCACUGUCCGGUAUGUUAUGACAUACUUAAAGAACCUCUAAAUGUCAAAAUGUGUUUACACAAGUUUUGUAGGCACUGCAUCGAAAACUAUAACAGGACUGUAAAGAAAUAAUGUCCCUAAUGCAGAAAUCCAGUCGGAUCCAGAAGACUUUUAAAAACUGAUUACAAACUCACAUACAUCAUUAAAGCCCUGAUUACCGAUAUUGAUGCCUACAAUAAGUUUGAAGAGGAAAGUAGGUAAUAGGUGGUACCGAAGAUUCAUGACUUUGAAAACUUCAGAAAGAAAUGUCAAGGUAUACAGUUUGACUAGGAGUAAAAGCAGUUCUAAGCAGAUCUCUUGCAAGGAAUUAAGAAAAAGGGGAAGCUUGGAGCAAUUUCUGCAAGAAGACUGAUUGAAGAAUGUAAGGAAGAUACUGAGGAAGAGGAUAAUCCUGAAUUACCCUUUGAUACUGAUAAUAUAAUUGAAUUAUAAGACGAAGAAGAGAAUAUUUAAAGAUAAGUAAAUGCCACAAUCGUUGUGAGUAGAGGAAGACCUCCUAAUCGAAGAAAUUCUGGAGGUAAAAGAGGGAAAAAGAGAAGAGGAGAUUAUGGAGGUCACAAGUCAGAUUAUGGAAUGAAUUUAAUAAGCAUUAAUAACGUUAGCAACUCAAGAAAUUAGUAAGAAGAGAAAAAAUAAUCAUAAUAAUCAAAUUAAAGUAAAGGAAAAAGUAAUAUGAAGAUUGUGAUUGGUAUAAACAAUACUUCAUCCUCACAUACUCUAAACUAAUCAAGGAACAGAUCCUCACUUAUAACUAUAAGCAAUCACACCUCAAACUAAAAACUAGGUGGAGUUGGUAGCAAGAGAACUUUAAAAUUCUCCUAAAAUAAUACUACAAGAGGAGCCUAUUUCGGUGCUUUAAGUACUACCAGUACUUUGCAGAAUGCUCUCAAACAAGAGUCACCUGUCAUCAAAAAGGGAAAACGUGGCAGGAAGCCAAAUCUGAAAAACCAAGAUUUUAUUAUGCUCGGCUCUGAUGACAUGCUACAAGUUGAUGAUUCUUCAGAGGAAUUGCAGCUUAGAUUAGGUAUGGCAUCAAAUACUAAUAAGAGGCUGAAAAGAAAUGAAAGGUCCCUGAGUAAUUUUAACACAGAUAUUUAACAAGUGCCAAAAGCUUAAAUCAAUGAGCAUUCAAUUGUAGAAUUUUCAAUCAGACAAGAGUACAUUUAGCCUUAGUCAAAGGACUUCAACUUAAAUUCUGACAAUUUCAAUAAACCCCGAUUUUAAGAUGCAGUACUAAGGACGAAAUCAAUAAUAAACGUGCAGUAGUUGAAGAAAUAUGUCAAAGAUAAAUUGACAAUGGCUUAUUCAUAUCAAGUUGAACUAAAUGAGAUAGAAAUUUAUAUUAGUAUCAAUGGAGAGAAAACAUAAGUGCUAGUGAAUAAACAAACCAUCUUAGAUUUGGUGCAAAGGAAUCUAUGGAAGUACGAGAAACUCAUUCCAAAGCAAUAAAAUGAGUUUGAUGUGUACAACUACUGGAACAGUGAGUAACCUGAUGAUAAAAUAAGAGAGAUCUUGUGGGUCAAGAUAAAGCAUGGUUCAUUUUGA